AUUUGUAUAUUUUAUACCCCGCCCAAUUCUUAUCGGUUGUCAUUUCAUUGUAUAUUGCAUACAUAUCUACAAGAUAAGAUAGUUUAUUAAAGCAGUAUUCGAUGAUAGUUCGUAAGAAAUAAACGUAACCAUGAAUUCAUGGGAAAUAAAUUAUCAAAGUGAUUCUAAUGAAAAUGAUUCGGUGAUAACAACAGAUGGAACGGUUUUUAACCCUCCAACUUACGAAGCCGAAGCGGAACUGCAAGCCCUACCAGAGACACCAGAAAUACAUCCAGACAAUAUUCUUUAUCCUAAUACCAUUUGGUUUAACUCUAAACCGCUAAAUAAAUUUGCGAAAACAUACGAAUUAGAGAAAUUCGAGAAGAAUUUGUUAAUAAUAUUCAAUCAAGAAAAUAUAAUUGGCUAUGAGCCUAGAUUGGGCACGGAGAAGGAUGUCACUGCUUUGAUAAAUACAUUUUCACAAUUUGGCUUUGAAAUUGAACCGUAUAAAGAUAAAACGAAAAGUUUCGUUCUGGGUGUAUUAAGAAACUUCAAAUACAGAAAUUUCUCCGACUAUGGGUGCGUUGCGGUGGUUGUGCUGACCCAUGGGACUACGGAGGGCUUAAUACGAGCGAAAGAUCAAUUUUACAAGGAGUUUGACGUAAUAGACGCAUUCAAAACGUAUAACAAUCCGUCUUUGAUCACAAAACCUAAACUUCUAUUUAUCCAGGCUUGUCGUGGUAAGCAGUCCGUCAAGGGAGUCAAUGUUGGUACUCCAACAACACUCUCGAUAAAGAAAGAUGAAUGCCAUAUCGAACCAUAUACCUUACCAGCUGAGUCGGAUAUGUACGUUCUCCACAGUUCAUACAUGGGCAAACCUUCACAUAGAGACGAAUUCAACGGUACAUGGCUAAUUCAGACAUUGUGUAAAAAGAUAAAUGAAUUAGCGCCAACCCACGACUUGACCAGUAUAGUCACUGAGGUGAAGCAAGAAGUGGCAAUCGAUUUGUGCUUCGAAGAAUAUAACACAGAAACAUUAGAAGUGGAGACGAACACACAGGUGCCUGUGGAUACGUCGACUCUAAUUCGGAAGUUGUAUUUUCGGAAGUUUGGUGAAUCUGUAUCGUAUACCGACUCACGUGUAGAAAGAAGUGAUUCGAUCACGCCUUUACUGGAAUUUGGGCCUUGUGUCUGCUUUUUGGACUACUUCGCGUAUAUAACGGAAUGUUUACGGUUAUACUUAGAACACAAUCCAGAAGAUGCAAUAGCGCAGUACUUCAUCGAAGCGUCAGAAACCAUUGACAGUUCCGAGAUGAGUGGUUCUAAAGAGAAAAUGACUAAUGCAAUUGUUAACUACUUACGUAAUCAUGCUAAGCAAUUUGAUUUUUACAAAUAUAUGUAUUUUAAAAAAUGAUUUAUAACAUUUUACUUAAAACCUUAUCCUCCGUGGCCAGACGCUGCGACUCGAUCCGGCGAAACAAUAAUUGUAUCGGAUUCAAAGACAGAAACGUCACAAUUUUGUCUAUUUAGAUAAAUUUCUUAAUAAUGUAUGUAAAGUAAUAAUUUUAUUACUUAGAUUAGAUUCUUUAGAUUGUUAAUUAUCUGUUAUUUGUUUACCGGUCUAUUAUUUAAUUUGUAGUUUUGAGUUUGUUAGUCUGUGGAAAAAGGCGCGGGUUUUGGCUUGUCAUUUAAAUUUUUCAGGAAGAAUUUUUGUUAGAUCAUUUUGGAUUUUAAUUAGGAAUUAGAUUAAAAUUGUUUUGAAGAACUUUUAUGAAACAACAAACUACAUGUUGUUUCUAUCAUUAUUUCAGAAACACAUUGGAUUUUUGUAAAGUUUUAAUAUGUCGAUAAGAGAGAUAGAUCAGUAUUCAAGGAUUUAUUUAUAUUAAAUUUGAAAUAAAUUUAAUAACGUAUGGUAUGAUAUGUUCGAAAC